GGGAGGACGCGACGAGAGCGGCUGGGCACUAGGCGCUCAGGUCAGCGCUCCGGUAGCACGGGCGGGCACGGGAGGGCAGGGGCGGGGGUGUGGGCCACCACCGCCCCUAGGCUCGCACUCCGCACCUGGCCCUGCAGGAAGUGCGCGCUGAUUGACAGCUGCAUUGUCCCAAAAAGGCUCGCCAAAGAUGCUGAUCUGCGGGUGGGUGUAGACGCGCAGCAGGCGCGCCCGUGCCCGCUCCCCUCCGCUCGCCUCCCGAGCCGCGCCGCCUCUCUGGCUGCGGAGGAGCGGGGCUGAGGCCCCCGCCCGCGCGCCAGCCCCCGCGUACCGAGACGGCCGGGCACUCGCAACCUCACUCAAGUCGGCGGGCGCUGGUCCCGGCUCACCAUGCACUGCCACGCCGAACUGAGGGUGAGCUCGCCCGGCCAGCUCAAAGCAGCCAGGCGGCGCUACAAGACUUUCAUGAUCGACGAGAUCCUCUCCAAGGAGACCUGCGACUACUUUGAGAAACUUUCCCUCUACUCCGUGUGCCCGUCUCUGGUGGUGCGACCCAAGCCCCUGCAUUCCUGUACGGGCUCCCCCUCCCUUCGGGCAUAUCCUCUCCUCUCGGUGAUCACCCGGCAGCCCACGGUCAUCUCACACCUGGUCCCCACCACCCCGGGAAUCACCCCUGUGUUAUCCCACCACCCAGCCACAAAGGUUGCCUCUGCUGAGGGCCCUGGUGGUGAGGCUCUAGCCAGCAGCGAGUCGGAGACAGAGCAGCCCACUCCCCGGCAGAAGAAGCCCCGACGCAGUCGAACCAUCUUCACUGAGCUGCAGCUCAUGGGCCUGGAAAAGAAAUUCCAGAAACAGAAGUACUUGUCCACCCCAGACAGGUUGGACUUAGCCCAGUCUCUGGGACUCACUCAGCUGCAGGUGAAGACUUGGUAUCAGAACCGCAGGAUGAAAUGGAAGAAAAUGGUUCUGAAAGGUGGACAGGAAGCUCCCACAAAGCCAAAAGGUCGUCCCAAGAAGAACUCUAUCCCUACGUCAGAAGAGAUUGAAGCUGAAGAGAAACUGAACAAUCAGGCCCAGAGUCAGGAGCAGCUGGACCCCUCUCAGGGACAGGAGGAGCCCUGGGAAGCACAGGAACCAAAAGCACACGAUGUCCCCUUGGAGGUGGCAGAGCCACCAGGCCAGCCCCAGGAGUCACCAGUAGCCUCUUCUGAACCCCCACCAUUAAGCUAAAAUAAAACUCUUUUGGGGGAAGGGGGAGACUGGGAAGAAGGGAAGAGAGAGAAGGCAGGGAGACUAGGAGAAGAAAAACUUCUAACCAACGGGGGGAGAAGAGAGCCACCUCUCCCCCCCCYCCCACAGUUCUCAGUGCUGUCUCCAUCACAAGCAUCUGAGAAGACUUGCUUGUCUUAGUCCUUUCUCUUCAUGGAAGGCUGUGUAGCCACGGAUGCCCUUGAUUAAGGGAGACAGUGCUUUGGAGCUGCCUGUCCUAGCUAGGGUGACGGCAAUGGGGCUGGGUACCAGAAGCCUGUUUUUGUCACAAGCGCYAUGCCAGUGUGCAGAGGAAGGUGGCCCCUGCCUCCUCCUUGCCACCCCCGGGCAGCCAGUCAUCAAAGCAAAGAGAGAUGGAGGCACUUGGGCAGCCUGCCCAGGACCUUGCUGACUCAGCACUUAUUUCUGUAGUUUUAAAAGAGAAUUUAAUGUUUUUUUUUCUUGUUUGUUUUGUUUUGUUUUGUUUUUUUUUUUUUUGCGGGGGUGGGGUGGGGUGAUGAGCACAGGCAACAAUGACAAAAAAAAAAGUUCAGAGUAAGAGAGUUGUGAGUUAUUAGAAAUGUUCUGAAUCCCGUUUGUUUAUUUGGAGACACGUGUGCCUUGGUACCCAUUAUAAAAUGGUCAGGUGACCCAAAAACUGAUAAGCCUUGUUUUUCUUGCUUCCAUAAGUUGCCAACCCUGAAGCUGCAAAUGCAGAUAUGUUAA